ACCAGUGUGGCGCACAGACCAGCGGCAGCCCUCAGAAAGUGGGAAGUUUUCGCCAAAGGAUUCUGUCUAAAACUUAAUCACCUUCAUGUCGACUCUGUUGGAUACUAACCCGCCGAUGCUAUGGUUACCUUUAUUACGAUCUUACAGGUGAAUCUAGUGAUGUCCAUCCUGCUGUAUGUGAUGGUCCUCGUGUACCUCUAUGGUAUUCAGGCAACCACCAUGGACAGCAGUAGCCAGGGACAACAGCAGUCCAGUCCCGACCCCUUAAACUCCCUGAUCAUCCAGCUGCUUCAGGCCGACCUUACGAAGGGGAGGGCCCGCGGGAACCAGAGCCAACAAGGGAAGAGUCGCAGCACAGAGCCCCAGAACACGCUGCCUCCUCUCCUCAGUGAAAACUUUCCCUUAGAGGAGCAGGGUGAUACGGAUCAGUGGGGGACGGGGGGACGCAGUGUGGGGAGCAGCGAAGGCUUCGUGGACCAGGAGGUGAUGCUGUUACACUCGGAUCUUCUCAGGCAGCAAAGGCGGUUCAACUCACCCCGUGUGCUGCUAAGCGACCGGCCGCCACUGCAGCCGCCACCGCUGUACCUCGUGGAUGAUUUCAUGGAAAGUGGGGGGACGGGCAACAAGACGCGAAAGAAGAGAUACGCCGGGCACAGGAGCUACCGUGGGGAAUAUUCUGUGUGCGACAGUGAGAGCCAGUGGGUGACGGAUAGGACCCAAGCAGUGGACACAGGAGGGGUACUGGUCAAUGUUCUGGGUACAAUUAAAACCAGCGCUACUCAGGACAUCAAACAGUACUUUUACGAGACGCGCUGUCGGACCCCCAGGCCCUUCAAAGGCGGCUGCAGGGGCAUCGACGACAAGAACUGGAACUCGCAGUGCAAGACGACACAAACAUACGUACGAGCGCUGACGCAAAUUCAAAACAAAGUGGGCUGGAGGUGGAUACGCAUCGACACUUCCUGUGUCUGUGCACUGUCAAGGAAACGUCAUAGGACGUAAACAUAACCCACGCUCCCUGCUGAGGACUACAUGUUUGGAUUAUACUCCCUGAUUAGGAAUUAUUUCCUCUUCACUGAGCUCCCACCACGGAUUAUGUGUCACGGUGGCUAAGAGCAACUAAAGAUGAGACUUCUCCUGAAGAAACCAUGGGUCCAUUUAAUGAUAUUUCACAUUCAUGUGCUGCAAAUCAACAGAACAGUGCAGCACCGCUUUCAACAGGACCUGUCUAAGAGGGGUCAGGGGGGAGGGACUGAGUGUGUCGGGGGGGAAUGUACAUAUAAAUUAUUUAAAUUAUAUGAAAUGCAUGUAGUUUAUACAUGUUUAUCUAUCUAUACAUGAUGUAUGAAUAUAUUUGUGUUAUUUAUUGAAAGAAGUCUUCUUCUAAAGGAAAAAAAUGUCUAUAAAAAGGAAUGAAACAAGCUAUGGACUCGUUUUGACACUAAAACACAGAGCUGGGCUGCAAAGGUGCUUCACAGUAAGAUGCUACAUGUGCCUUGACCAGAGCAGAGACAUAGGACUUGGUAACUCACAGCAGCUGCUGCAAAUGUUUCCAGGGGUGAUUCUUCUAAAUCUAGAAAGUUGAGGUGACCUGUCCCCUCCUAUGGCCUAGAAUAAAGGCCCGCUUAUUAGCAUUAGCCCUCAGUGAGACAAAAGAUAAGGCAUUCUCUGACCAAAACACACAUUUGUGAUUAUUGACCAUGAAACAUGCAUUCACUGAACUUCAGUACUGUUUUGUUUUAACACAACAAAAGUCACAUUUUAUUCUUCUGGGAAACACUUUUUACAAAAUAAAAAAAUGCAAGUAAUUCUUGUGGAAUUGCUCACAUCGACUGAAAGAGACUCAAGAAAAUCAAACUGUUUGGUUUCCUCUGAAAAAGUUUUACUCUCAACUGUUAUCAUGAGCUGUUAUCGUUUC